UCUCACUUAAGUACUGAAAACUAAAAAAAAACUGCGUGUGGAAAACGCUGGCAGCGCAGCGUUUUCAGUUAAUUUUACGUGCGAUAUAUUUGAUUUAUAAUUGUUAACGUGCAGUGUGUUUAUGCGUAUGUUAAGUAAAAGUGCGAACUCAAGAAACAAACAAACAUGUUAUAAUCGGCCUACGUAAAGUAGACAAACGUUGUUCUACUUUAUCCACAUAACGCGCACACGCACACAAUCACUCACCCUCUCACACACACACACACGCGCGCUUUAGUUGCGCUGCCGCUGAGUGACAACAGCUGCCGCUGCCUCCUCUCUGCCUUUGUGGCGGUGGUGGUGGUGGUCCCGCAGUCAAAAUGUCGGACAUUAAUGACGAUCUGCUCAACUAUGAGUUAGGCCUGGGCGAUGACAUUGAUGACCAGGCGCUGCUUGGCGCCGAUGAGGAUGAGCUGCUGCUCUCCGAUGAGGAGCUUGAAAAGGAUGUGACCAGCGAGGUGAAGCAGCAGAUGCGCGCCGAGGCCGAGGAAUGGGCACAGGAGCAGCUGCGCAAGCACAAGGAACAGCAGGUGGCAGCAACAAUCCAGCAGCAGAAGCAACAGCAGCAGCAGAAGGAUAUAAUUGCCGUUGAAAAUGCCGCUUCUGAGCCGCAGGCAGCAACCAAAGAAACCCGACUAAACCGCGAUUUACCUAGCGCAACUGUUGUGGCUGCAGCCGAGACAACCACAGAGCAAACUGCUUGCGAAACAGCGCCCCAGGUCACUGAACUGGCUGCAGCCACAUCGACAACAACAUCAACAGCUGCAGCAACAGCAGCGGUCGGUGAGCAAAUGCUGCACGAAGCGAUUAGGAACCCAGAGACAGAGCACAGGUCCGCAACGCCAGCAACCGACAGCAGUCAGACUGUGAAUAAUGGCAGCAAUGCUGCCAACAAAGUGGAGCACAAGCCGCAACCGGUACCAGUACCAGUACCGGUACCGGUACCGGUACCGGAACCGGAGCCAGAGGUAGGCGGUGCCAAAACACCUGGCGGUCCUGGGCCAUCCUCACUGCUGGCCUCCUCGCAGGAGAGCUUGCCCAGCGCUAGCUCCGCCUCCGCAUCAGCGCUACCCGAUCCGCGCGAGGACGACGACGAGCGUGAGGAGCGCACCAAUUUCAAAACGGCCAGCGAACGCUCCGACAACCAAAAACAGCAGCAGCAACAGCAACAACAUUCGAUGCAGCAACAGAUGCAAAGGCGACACCAUCUAGACAAACCGCGCAUGGGCGGCUCGGGCGGUCCUCGCUUUAUGGCAGCCAACAACAAUAAUAACAACAACCAGAAUAAUAAUAAGCGCGUGAUGGGCGCACGACAUCAUCUGCUGCGCAAUCCUGGACCGCACAUGUUCAAUCCGCCGCGCAUGCUGGGCGCGAUGCCGAUGGCCCGUUUCCUGAUGCCGCCGGGCCAAUAUGCACCACCACAACCACCGUCAACACCCACACAACAACAACAACAACAACAACAACAGCAACAACAACAACAGUCGCCAUACACCACAAACAAUGCAGGUCCUGUUCCCAACGUUGGUCCCUCUCCAUCCCCGCAUCUACACAAUCCGCACAUGCUCCACCAGCAACACAACAACAAUAACAACAACAACAAUAAUAAUAAUAAUAAUAAUGUUGGUGGUGGCGGUGGUCCCAACGGCUUGCCACCACCCCAUCUAUUGCCGCAUCCGCACUCUCAUUCGCAUCCGCACGACCAGGUGCGCGUGGGCCUGCUGCAGCCUCCGUUGCCAUUGCAAUUGCCCUAUGGCAAUGCCGGAUAUCGCAAUGGCGCCCUGCUUGGUCAGGGACCACAUCCGCCGCCAGUUGCGCCACAUUCGCCUGGGAUGCGUCCACCGCCGCCCUAUCGUAAUGCACCGCCUCCCGGCUAUGGUCCGCCGCAUGGACCCGGCUCUGGACCUGGUCCUGGUCCUGGUCCGGGCGGUCCCGGGCCUGGCUAUGAGCCGCAUCUGGGCGGUCAGUAUAUGCGACCGCACAACGGCUGGCGGCCACAGGGCGAUGCGCCUGGCUCGCGCAUGCCACGGCCCCCAUUGCAGGCAUUGCCACAGCAUUUGAUGUCCAGCGGGCCCAGCUAUAUGAAUGGCAUGAAUAUGCGCGCUCCGCCCCCACAUCUACAGCAACAGCAGCAGCAGCAGCCAAAUCCUGGCCCGCCCGGCGCACCCACUCAAGCCCAACAGCAGGCAGCGGCACAGGCCUCUGUGCCUCCCGGUCCCGGCUCCCAGCAGCAGCAGCAACAACAGCAGCAGCAAUCGGCGCCGCCAUCAGCGGUACCGCGCGGCGUUGUCAGCAAGGUGCUGAUCAAUCCGAACUUCAAGGGCGGCGUCGAGGCGGCAACCAACAAGUUCAUCAAGGAGACACACUUUGUGCCGGCCAUCAAUAGCGAUGCGGAACUGCUGCGUCAGCAGGAGGAGUUCAUCAACAAGAAUCGCCAGUACUUUGAGAAGCGUCGCAUGGAACGGUCACCGCCGCCGCCCAGUUCCAACUCAGCGGCGGCAUCGUCUGGAGCGCAGGGCGAGCGACGGCGCAGUCGCACACGCAGCCGAUCGCGAGGACGCAGCUACUCGCCGCUGCCGUCGUCUCUGAAGCGUACCGAGCGCGAACGUGAACGGGAUCGCGAUAGGGAGCGCGACAGGGAACGUGAGAGGGAGCGAGAGCGUGAACGUGAGAGGGAACGAGAUCGGGAACGCGAUCGUUAUGGUAGCGGUAGCGGAGGCGGAGGAGGAGGCAGUGGUGUAGCACGUCCAACAGCCGGCGGUGGCAGCAAUCGUGGCUAUCGGCGUGCCGCCAGCAGAGAGCGCGACGAGAAUCGCAGUGGAACCGGUGCCGCAGCGCCAAAACGACGUCGCAGCGGCUCACCAAAUGCGCCGCGCAAUCCCUUCUCGGGCGAGCCGCGCAAUCGGCCCGCCGAGAGCAGCGCCAGUGGCGCUCGCAUCUUGCCCAGCGACGAGGACGAGGAGACGCGCGCCUAUCGCCUCGAGAUCGAGAAGCAGAAGCAGUUGCGCGAGAAGAUCAUGCGUGACAAGGAGCUGAAACGGCGACGCGCCGCCGAGGAGAAACUGCAUGAGGAAAAGCGCGCCGAGCAGCACAGUCCGGCACCACGUGAGGAUCAAGAGGCAGUCGGUGGACAGGCGGCGAGCACAGCGCCGAGCAGCGCACAAAAACAGCGUCAGGCAGCGAUGGGCAACGAGCGCAAGGUUAUCUCCCUGAAGCGUCGCGAUGACCUCGAGGCGAGCACCGGCCGCGGCAGCAGCCGGCACCAGUUGCAGCAGGUGCAGCAGCCAGCUACGGGACGCAAACAGCUAACGGCGGCAAAGAUUGCACCGGAGGCGAAGCGCAGCAUAACCGAUCAUUUGGCGCCAUCGAGCAAACAGCAGCAGCAGCAGGCGCAGCUAGCUGGAGCAGCGAUGUCAGAUCGAGCCGCUGGCGGCACACCGCCCACAAGCAGCAGCAGCAGCAAGGGCACGCUGCGCCUGGGCACGCCCAGCGACGAUGAGGUGGAGCUGGACUACGACGAUGACGGUCUGCUGCUGGACGAGGAGGAGGAUCGGCUGCUGGCGACGCCAUCGCCGCCACCGCCGCAGUUGCGGGCAAUUAAGCGGUCCGCCACACCGGAGCUGCUGGUGGUCAAGCGCAAUCACAAAAUUGUGCGCAGCAGCGGCGCGACGUCGGCGUCGAGCGCCAGCUUUGGACCAGGCCAACGGCGUGUGGUCCUCAAACCGACCUCCAGCAAUGGCAGCAGCGGGGGCGGUGGCGGCGGCGGUGGCGGCUCCGAGCAGCAAUCCUCGCACAGCAGCAGCGGCGGCGGCGGCGGCAACAGGCAACGAGAGCGUCGCCAGCGCGAGGAGCAGCUAACGCAACGGAAGGGCGGCAGCAGCAGCAGCAGCGCUGGGCCAUCUGGAGCUGGUGGCGGCAUCUUUGAUCGUUUGGAAAAGCGACAGGCUUCAACCGGAGGAGGAGGAGGCAGCGGCAGCGGCAGUGGCGGCAAACAACGCAGCAAAGCGCCAACGCGAAUUGUCCUCAAGCAUGAUUAAGCCGCAGCAGCAGUUUACUCGGCGGCAGGCGACGACGCCUCCAAGAACUAAUCCGUAAAUCGCCCUAAGCCCUAAUGCGUAUUAAGCAUCUAUAGAAGAUUAUAUGUAUGUAAAGAUAAAGAUGUAGUCAUCUGCAGCGGAUCAAGCGAGACAGCGGCGGCGACUGCCGGCCAGAGGCUGCUGCAGCAGAGAUCUGUCGUGGCGAGGCGAGGCGAGGCUUGGCUUAGACUAAGCGCAGAUUUAUUAAUGUUUUUUUUCUUAAUGUUUAAUCCCAACAACAACAACAGCUAAUUGGCUAUACGUAUUUUUCAUACAACACCUUUUAAUUAUAAUUGUAUAUAUAUAUACACACACACACACACUCACACACAUACACACACACAAGAAGCAUUAUUAAAAAGAAAAGAGAAAAGAAAAAGGAAAAUCUGAAAAUUUGACAAGCGUCGCAGCAGGAAAAACGGAACAGAAAGCUUAGGCCUAAGUAAAAUUAUUAACCGCUUGAUGAUAAACAAAAAAAAAAAACAAAAAUUAUAUUAGUAAUUAUUCACUGAAUA